AUGUCCGAUACCAAACCCAAAGUGUCUGAAGACGAGAAGUUGCUCAACGAUGUCGCCGAGAGCGAAGACACUGGCUACUUGGAGGUGUACAUCCGGUUCAAUGACGACUCCGACAAGGACUACUGCUUCCAAAUCAAAUCGUCCACCACCUUCAAGGAGUUGCUCAAGAUCUUCGAAACCUUGCCCAUUGCGUUGAGACCCAACUUGUUCUACAACGGCAAGCCCGUGGGCUUCAAGGUCAGCACCAGUGCUGGUUACUUGACCGAAGACGGGAACCUCUUGUUCGACUACAACGCCCACAAGGUCCUGAAACCCAUCAGAAACAUCAACGACAAGGUGUCGGACCACGUCUGGCCAGGCCAGUUGAUCUUGCCUGUGUGGGAUUUCAACUACUUCGGGUUCUACUCGUUCAUUGCCGCUAUGUUGACCUGGUUGUACACCGAUUUGCCAGACGCCAUCUCGCCCACCCCAGGCAUCUGCUUGACCAACCAGGUGUCCCGUAUUUUGAGCAGGGUUGCCGAGGCUUUCGGGUACGCCAAGUUGGCCCACGCCAUGGUGGACGACAUCGAGCCAGCUUCGCUCAUGGCCCAGGGUCUUUUCUUUGCUUUCCACAUCAUUAAGGUGCUCGUUAUCUUCGCCUUCCUUAACACUGGUGCUUUCAACCCCAUCAAGUUGUUCAGAUUCGGCUCCCAGAACAUCAAGUUGAACAUCACCAAGGAGGAAUUGCUCGAGUUGGGAUGGACCGGCUCCAGAAAGGCAUCCCCAGAAGACUACAAGGAGUACUACCGUGAAUUCAAGAUCAAGGAGUACGGUGGAAUGGUUCCAGCCCACCAGGCUGGUUUGUUCGAGACCAUGAAGAAAUUGGGUGUCUACCUUGGCAAGGGCGAAGGUUUUGACACUCCUUUGGACACCAAGGCCACCCUCAAGGACUUGACUGACCCUUCGGACUCCAAGGACUACAAGCUCACGUUGAGUUACGACUACUUGGCGCUCAUCGGAUCGAACUUCAGCGACCACAUCAAGAACAAGGAUGUUAGCGGCUUUGCUGACGCUGUCAAGCAACACAGAAGAUAUGGUUUGUUGGAAAGCAACGACACCAUCAAACAGAUUGUCCAGAAAAGAAAAGAGAGCGGUGAUUCCAAGUUCGACAGCCAGAAGUGAACCACAGGAACCCCAGUAUUAUAGUAUGAUGAUAUGGCUUGCACGAUGCCUACCACCCUGUAUUGCUAGUUAAGUAAUAAUUAAUGCCAAAUAAUGCUAAUCGAGGUGUAGUAGAAUAGUUGAGUAAUGCCAAAGGUACAAGGCAAUUGGAAUAGCGAUGUUGGGGCAGUAAGAAUUGAUGCCAAAGAAUGAUAUUUCAUGCUUCGAUAACAAUAAAUAUCGAGACAAAUGGAUUCACCUGGGAUACUUUAGUAGUAAUUAUCCAAACAAUGCUGUGGAGGUGCUUGUAUAUAUCUUCAGUAAUAAUUAAACCCAACAUGCUAAUGGCUGCCAGUAGAAUGCCU